CCAUCAUCCUCUCAGCUGGACAAGUGGAUCACCUUCACUCACAAUGCCGGUGCCAUCGACCAGUGUGGCACAAAAGAUGCCUGGGGAUUGGGCCCCGAGUGCAUAUAGAACGGUGGCAUCAGAAUUGACAGCUUCGAUCGAUCUUGGACCUUCCGCACCGGAAGUGUUGGACGCUUUGGUUUUCUUGCACUUUAGUGUAUAUGGUCAAGCAGAAAGGCUGAAAAAGAGACAAGGAAGAGCACUCAAGCUAGGUCCUCGAAGCUUUCUUGAUUUUUUGAAUCAAUAUGUGGCUUUGAGUAACGAAAAGCGAGAAGGAUUGGAAGAAGAACAGCGUCAUUUAAACGUAGGUUUGGACAAGCUGAAAGAGACUGUUGAUGCUGUGUCAGAACUACAAAAGAGUUUAGCAGUAAAGAGAACGCAGCUUGAAGCCAAAAAUGCAGAAGCAAACGAAAAGUUACAAAGAAUGGUGGCCGAUCAAAAAUCUGCUGAAGAACAAAAAGCAGCAUCGAUUCAAAUCCAAGCAGACUUGGAGAUACAGGAACGCGAUAUAGGUGAACGUAGGGAAGUCGUCAUGGCAGAUCUAGCAGAUGCUGAACCUGCUGUUCAAGAUGCUCAAUCAGCAGUCAGCAACAUCAAAAAACAACAUUUGACAGAAGUUCGAUCGAUGGGUAACCCACCUGCAGCAGUAAAGAUUGCGAUGGAGAGUGUAUGCACUGCACUUGGACAUAAGAUCGACAGCUGGAAAACUGUCCAAGGAAUCAUCAGAAGGGAUGACUUUAUCGCGUCAAUCGUAAACUUUGAUACGGACAGACAAAUGACCCGAGGUGUUCGUGAAAGGAUGAAGAGAGACUAUCUGAGCAAACCGGAUUACAACUUUGAGACGAUCAAUCGUGCUUCAAAAGCAUGUGGACCAUUGGCAAAGUGGGUGAUUGCACAGGUGCAUUUCUCAGAGAUCUUGGAUCGCGUUGGACCGCUACGAGAAGAAGUGGACUCGCUAGAAAGACAAGCACAAGAGACAAAAGAGCAAGCCGGUACAAUUGUCGAUAUGAUUGCAGAAUUGGAAGCAAGUAUUGCACGAUACAAAGACGAAUAUGCAGCAUUGAUCAGUGAAACACAAGCAAUCAAGAGCGAAAUGGAACGUGUGCAAACGAGAGUUGACCGAAGUAUUCAACUACUCGAGAGUCUUGGAUCAGAAAAGGAGCGCUGGGAUGCAGGAAGCCGAACAUUUGAUACCCAAAUGAGCACUAUUGUUGGAGAUGCUCUUCUUUCGGCUGGCUUUUUGACGUAUGCUGGUUUCUUUGAUCAACAAUAUCGCGAAGCAAUGUGGCACAACUGGACUUCUCACCUACAACAGGCGAACAUCAAGUUUAAGCCAGAGUUGAGCUUUGCUGAUUACUUGUCAACCGCAGAUGAUCGAUUGAGCUGGCAAUCGAGAUCUUUGCCUGCAGACAAUUUAUGCACAGAAAAUGCAAUCAUGCUCAAGAGGUUCAAGCGUUUCCCGCUGAUCAUCGAUCCUUCAGGUCAGGCAACGGCUUGGUUGACAAAUGAAUACCGCGACCGCAAAUUGACAGUGACAAGCUUCCUAGAUGAAGCUUUUGUUAAGAAUUUGGAAAGUGCAUUGCGUUUUGGAAACCCUCUUCUAAUCCAAGACGUUGAACAUUUGGACCCAAUCAUCAAUCCAGUGCUAAAUGGUGAACUGCGAAAGACGGGUGGACGGGUGUUGAUCAGACUUGGACAUCAAGAGAUUGACUUUUCACCUUCAUUCACCAUGUUCCUCUCUACACGCGAUCCGUCGGUAGAAUUCUCGCCUGAUGUCUGCAGUCGUGUCACAUUCGUCAAUUUCACCAUGACUAGAAGCAGCCUGCAAAGCCAAAGUCUCGAUCAAGUACUCAAAAGUGAGAGGCCGGACACUGACAAGAAACGAACGGAUCUAAUGAAGCUUCAAGGUGAAUUUCGACUAAGGCUUCGCCAUCUAGAGAAGAGUCUUUUGAAUGCUCUGAAUGAGAGUCAAGGUAAUAUUUUGGAUGAUGACAAGGUGAUUGAUACAUUGGAGACCCUGAAAAAAGAAGCAGCAGAGGUGACUACCAAAGUGGAAGAGACGGAUGCGAUCAUGUCCGAGGUGGACGAAGUUACAAACCAGUAUUUACCGCUAUCGAAAGCAUGCAGUUCGUUGUUCUUUGCUCUCGAUCAACUCAAUCUAAUCAAUCACUUUUACCAAUUCUCACUUCGAUUCUUUUUGGAUAUUUUCGACUUUGUUCUCCGUCGAAACCCCAACUUGAAAGGCGUCACAGACACAAAAGAGCGACUCGAUAUUUUGACAAGGGAUUUGAUCCUCCUCGUAUAUAGACGUACAAGCAGAGCUUUGAUGCAUCAUGACCAUCUCAUGUUGGCAAUGCUACUGGCCCAGAUUUGGAUGCGUGAGACAAGCGAUGAUGAUUCUCUGGACAGUGACGAAUUCGACUUCUUAUUGGAAGGCGGAGAUGCAAUUGGUAUUGCACCUUCCAAUCUGCGAGAGCACCCUCUCCUCAACGCAGAGCAAAGACAGAGACUGAAUGCUUUCAAGCGACUGGACUUGUUCAAGAAACUGGAAGCUCAUUUGGAUGAAAGUGGAUCAUCGUGGACGACCUUCCUCUCUUCCAACAAUCCCGAAAAGGAAGUUCCAAUCUUUUGGGAAAGUACGAAGGUGACAAAGUUUGGUGCUUUGGUUCGUACUGCAUUGGUGGUGAAAUGCUUACGACCUGAUCGUAUUAUUCAGGCAGUCACAGCAUUGGUUAAUGAAGUCUUUGGGUCAGAAAUCUUGGCUGAAUCAGCAUAUGAUCUACAAAAUAUCGUAGCGGAAGAAGUAGGUCCCGAGACACCCUUGGCUUUGUGUUCCGUUCCCGGAUUCGAUGCUGCUUACAGAGUCGACAGCUUGGUACGUGCUACUGCAACGAGAUGCACCUCGGUUGCUAUGGGAUCGCAAGAAGGAUUCCAAUUGGCUGAUCAAGCUAUCGCUACCGGUGCAAAAACUGGUCAAUGGGUUCUGUUGAAGAAUGUUCAUUUAGCUCCAUCUUGGCUUUCACAACUGGAAAAGAAAAUUCUCGGGCUUAAUGCACAUCGUAACUUUCGUCUGUUUAUCACAUGCGAAACGAACCCGAUCAUCCCGGUCAACUUUUUACGUGCCAGUCGAAUUUUAAUGAACGAGCCACCGCCAGGACUAAAAGCAAACAUGAUGGAUUGCUUGCAUGGCAUCAACCCCAAGCGAUUUGAGCAGGGACCUGUAGAGGUAACAAGAAUCUACUUCUUGCUGGCAUUCUUCCAUGCAACUUUGAUUGAGCGAUUACGCUAUACGCCCCUUGGUUGGAGCAAGUUGUUUGAAUUUAACGAUUCUGAUGCCGAAGCAGCACUUACUACGAUAGAAGUAUGGGUCAAUCGCGUGGCAAAAGGAAGGAGCAACAUUGAUCCGCAGGCUGUCCCUUGGGAUGCACUCAAGACGCUUUUGAAACAGAGCGUUUAUGGUGGAAAAAUUGAUAAUAAUGCCGAUCAACUUUUAUUGGAUAGCUUUGUGGAUGGUAUUUUCACGCCACAAGCAUAUGAAUCAGCCUUUAAACUUGUUGAUGUGCAAGAUGAUGAAGGACAAGCAAACAAUAUCAGUAAUGGAGGCGCAAAUGUGAUUGGCAAUCUGACAGCACCUGAGGGAACAAGGAUGGACAUGUUCUUGGAUUGGGUGAGCAGUUUACCCGAACAGCAACCACCGCAAUGGCUCGCUUUACCUUCCACAGCUGAGAAAGUGAUUGCUACAGCUCAAGGUACGGCUUUGCUGAAUAAAUUGGUUCGUAUGCGUCAGUUGUCAGAUGAUGAUGACGACGAUGACAACUCUGCCAAUGCCACGAAUGGCAAUACAAACGGCCAAGCUGAUGGAAAUGCAAAUUCGAGCGGAACAUCUACACAGCCGGCAUGGAUGAAAGCUUUGAAUCAGAAUGUGCAAGAAUGGCUGCAGUUAUUGCCUUCGGAAUUGACCAAAUUCAAAGCAAAUGCUGAGAGUAUGACCAAUCCACUCUUUCGAUUCUGGGCACGCGAAUAUCGUAUCGGAACAGAGUUAUUGAAACAAGUCAGAUUAGACUUUGAAGAGGUCAGUGAAGUUUGUCAAGGUGUUCGAAGGCAAACGAAUCAUAAUCGAUCUUUGUUGAGUGAUUUGGCAAAAGGUUCAAUUCCAUCUGCUUGGAAGAAGUACACCGUACCAAAAUCGAUGACAUUGCCACAAUGGGUGGCCGAUUUACGAUCUAGGUUGCAACAGCUUGAAAAGAUUACCCGAGAAAGCUCUACUACCAGAUUUGAAUUGUUCUCAAUCAAUUUAGGGCAGCUCUUUGUUCCAACAGCCUAUCUUACCGCCACAAGACAGGCAAUCGCAAAUCGUAAUAAAAUUAGCUUGGAAAAUUUAGAGCUGCGAUUGAAUGUUGAAGAUGGCGGAGCAACGAUGGGCGGAUUUGCUAUUGAAGGUUUACGAUUAGAAGGCGCGGUAUGGAACAGUAACUAUCUCGAAUUGAACGAUGGCAGUACGACCAAUUUGGAUAAAAGUACAUUGGCAUGGUCCGCUACCGGAUCAGCGGAUGAAAAAGCAGAAGUUGGAACAGAUAAGGUACCACUUAGCGUAUACCUGAAUGGAGAUCGAAGUGUGUCUUUGUUCCACGUUCACCUUCAUGCCAAGAAGGGCUUAACACCCGGGUUGAUUGCAAAACGUGCUGUUGCUUUACGUGCAGCAUAAACUAUCAUCAAUAUAUACCUUUUUCCCAUUGUGAUUGACAUGAGUGUGUUGUGUGAAUGAUUGGAUUUGUUGAUGGACGUAGUGGCCCGUGCAAUUCUUCU